AUGGCUGCUAAACAACAAUCGAUUGGUAACUCUGAGCUUUUUGUUAAUCAACCUGUUUCUUAUUGUUCAAAAUGUACAAGUUCGAUCGAUCAAAAUCAUCAAUCAAAUAUUCGAUUUAACAAUCGUUUAUAUCAUACUAACUGCUUUACUUGUGGUAUUUGUCAUAAGAAUCUGAGUGAUUCGACAAAUAGUAAUUUUACAAUUCAUAAUAAUGAACCAAUAUGUGCACAAUGUAAACAAGCAAAUGCUAAAAUAUGUUAUGCUUGUCAAAAACCUAUACUUAUUGGUGGAUUAAUAACUUUCGAUACAAAUGUUUAUCAUGACGAUUGCUUUCGUUGUAGUCAAUGUCAGAAAUUAUUGACCUAUGAGACAACAUUGAAUAAACACAAUUCAAAACCUUGUUGUGCUGCAUGCUAUGAUAAAAAAUUCGCACCACAAUGUUCACAAUGUUUGAAACCAAUUUCUA